AAGAGGAGCUUGGAAAAAAUGCCAAAGUUAAUUGUGAUUUUAUUUAGCACCUUCUCAAGUCCAUCAAGACAUAACCACCUAGCACUUGGCAAUUAAAUAAUUCUUGGCCCCCAGGUCCUUGGCUAGGAUUUGUGAUGAGCAUUAUUGGGUUUUCAUGAUACGAUUAAGAGUUGUGUUAGAAAUGUCAGGCUCUUGACCAAAGACCUAUUUAGAACAAAUCCCACAUUCUUCACCUUUAUCUGAAUUAGUUUGUUUUGAAAGUCCUUAUUGCUCCAGAGGUAGGGUGCAAAGAUAAGGAUGUUGUAUAGUCCUUUGUUUCUGCCAAGUUGGACUCAUUCCCAUAACCCUAUGGGGUGGGCAAGGUCAGAAUUAUUCUCCCCAUUUUAUGGCUAAAGAAAUUGAAGCUCAAAGAAUUGCUUUGAUUGACCCAGAUCAGUCAACGUUUCCACUGUUCCAAAUGGCCUUUCAAAAGCAAUGGUGUGCUAGGAAGAACAUAGCAUACAGUUAGCUAUUACGAACCCACUGAUACUAAGUGGCCUUGGGCAAGGAGUUCAUCCUGAAGAAACCUUGUGCACUUUGGUUCUAUCUAGGUCAUGUUAUAAAAGUUAGUCAAAAAACAACAACAACAACAACAACAAAGUUAGUCAAGAUAGCAGAGAAUCAGGCAAAUAUCAACAGAUUGGCCAGGUUGACCUUGAACAAUUAGUUGACACUUCACAUACAUCUAUUUGACCAGAUAUCAUCAUCCAGGCAUGCAUGAGAGGCCUUGACAAAUGCAGAGAAGUGGCUCCGGAUUUCUGGGACCCUUCAUGUCCUGUUUAGUGCAAAGGUUUUCUCUUUGUGGAUUCAUCAGGUUAUGUUCUUAAAGACUAGGCCUUGAGCCUAAAAGCUGGAUCAUUACCAUCAUCAGUUCCUACAGUCAUCUCAAAGGAUGAGCAAAAAUAAUUUGAAUUAACUCCAUCUCAUUUUACCUGGGCUUUGGUGAAUAUUGUAUCACUUUGGAGCUAAGUGUUUAUUCCUUUUACAAGUGGUUCAGACCACUGGAAAAAUGAGUGUGGAAUUACUGACAGGUGUAGGGAAGCAAUCAAUAGCUUGCUGAGGGCUAGAAGAGGCCUAGCUGGGAUGAGACAUCUGCAGGUGGUAAUCGACAUGCAUGUAUCUACCCACUGAUUCUUUGGGGUGAUGUGUAUGUGAGGGCACUGGUGGGGGCAGAGUUAGUCCCUUAUAUGUAGGCUGGGAAGUCGCUAGAUAAAUAUGAGAAAGAACCCAUAAGAUCGUUGACCCUGACCCCCAGGGAGAGGCAGGGACUUGCGCAAAAUCUUGAAGUUGGUCCUUAACCCUUGUUUUGUGUCUCUUGUUCAGCUCUUGGCUGUUAGACCUCACAGUUCAAGGUUUUUUGGAUAAAUGUAGUGGUGGCUAAGUCUCUGGGGAGAAGCACCCAUGGUCACCACUUUCAGGAAGUGGCAGAGAUGAAAUUUGCCCCCAGGUCCACUGUCCUGCUUAGGAGCAGAUUGACCCCAGUAUCCUGGAGGAAACAAAUUUGGAGGAGGAGAAUGUUUCAGCCUUGCUGUCCAUCAAUACCUUUCACCCAUACCCACACAUAUACAUACACUAUGGGUCAUAUUUGGGGCACACUUAACACUCAGACACGUGGGAAAUAUUUGGGACAUAUUUGGGACACAAAUGUGGGGCAUACUUUCACACUGACAUACUCGGAGCACACAUUCAGUUAGCCAUGAGGCCCAUUCACACACUUGCACAUAGUUGGCACAGGCAAGGUACACAUACACAGACACACAUGAGGCAUACUCAUGCACACUUGCAUGUGUGGACAAACAUGGAGUACAUGCAAGGCACAACUACAUACACACAUGGGGUACACUCAGACAUGCUCCUGCCUCCUGGGACACACUCCUACCCCUGGGAUACAAACUCCUAAGGGGCAUCCUUGGUCAAACAGAACUAUUCCCCCAUGAGACACACUUGAACACACCUGUGGGACACAUCCACAUGUCCCACACACUCCUAGGGAACAUACUCUGAUGUCUUUAGGGCCAGCAGCUGUCCCAGUCUUCCACUGGGAAGUUGGCCUCACUGACAGUACUGGCCCCAGCUGGUGGGCCUCUAUCAGUUUGCUCCAUGACAUCAGGCUUCAGAGGGCCAUGAGCUCAGGAAUAAAAUGGAUGCCCAAGUUGGGAUUGCUGUGGCAGGCGCUACAAGGCAGAUGGGGCUCAGAAGGGAGUCCUCGAAGUGAGUUGCACAGACACAUGUGGAGGAAAGGAGAAGGCAAAUUGUUAGUGAUCAAUGCAGAAAGCUUGAGGCUGUUCCUCGGUACACCUUCCUCACCAUACACUUAUAAACCAUUAUGGAAUUAUAUGAUUGUGAAGCAAUGUGCUAGAAAACCUAAAGUAAUUGAAUAUUGAAGUUCAUUUUUCUUGGGUAUGAAGUAAAAACUUGGAGCAGGAUAGGUAUAUCUUAACUGCAGGUAGGAGGGCCUCGAGGGGAAUUAGUAGGAUGUGUAAAGGGAGACUUUGGACAGGGUUCCAGCCUUUUCUCGGUCAGUGAUGGGCUGAGAAAUCAAGCCACAUUCUUAGUAACCAUAGCACAGCCCCUAGGCACAGCAGCUUAGGGCCAUCUGGCCCCACUAUUGAAGGCCUGAUAUUUUUCGAGUUCUUCCAGCCAAAAAUGAAGUUGGGGUAUUCUGGGGAGGUCUUUUUGGCUCUUGGUACCCAAGAUUGGAGCUGGAAGAGAGGCGUCCCUAGACUGGGUUUGGAUAAACUGUGGGAAUCAGUGAGACUGGUGGCUGGGGUAUGCCAGGUCUGCCCUGGAGCAGCAGCCUCAAACCCCAGUUGGGUUAUUUUUGAUUGUGACAGCCUCAUGGCUGUUUCUCAGCUUUGGACUUGAAGUCAAGAAACAUGGGUUCCAGUCACUAUUCUGCCACUUAGAGUGUGCCUCAGCUAGAUUCCCCUCCCCUAUUGGGGUCUUAUUUGGUCUAUGGUAAAGAAACCAGUAUUGCCCUCAGAUGAUGGCAAGGCUCAGAUAGGGUAAGUGCUGAGAAAAUGCUUUGCAGACACAUGUUCUUCAAACACAAAGCGGAACCUCCCCAUCUGUGAGCUUGUCUCAGUGUCCCCCAGCAACUGGGCCUGACCCCCAUCAAAGUAACCAUAGAAGGAAAAGGCCGAAGAGAUCAUCCCACUUAAGGAGCCCCAAGCUGCCACCCUGUGAAUUCCAGUGUUAAAGGAAGCUGCCAGCAGCUUCUUGAGGCUUUAUUUUCUGGAAGUGAAGGUCUCUGAAGCCAAAUCUUCUGCAGCAGUGCCCUGCUUGCCCACGCAAAGCCCAUUUACUCGUCAUCUCUUCCACAGCAGCUCAUGUCCUACUCAUCUCGUGCAUGUUGGAAUCAGUGAAGUGUUGGAGAAGCUGCUAAACUAUUGUGAGAGGGAAUUGUGCUGCCCAUUUAAGCCACUUCAGCAAGUGGUGGCACUUGUUCCACCUUAACCAUCCCCAAUCCCCUCACAGCUUUUUGGGUACAGGAGUCCUGUGUGGCUGAACUGCCUAAGGAGCUGAUCACUGGAGAUUCCAUCGUUAGUGCUGAGGCAGUAUGGGAUCACGUCACCAUGGCCAACCGGGAGUUGGCAUUUAAGGCUGGCGACGUCAUCAAAGUCUUGGAUGCUUCCAACAAGGAUUGGUGGUGGGGCCAGAUCGACGAUGAGGAGGGAUGGUUUCCUGCCAGCUUUGUGAGGCUGUGGGUGAACCAGGAGGAUGGGGUGGAAGAAGGGCCCAGUGAUGUGCAGAAUGGGCACCUGGACCCCAACUCAGACUGCCUCUGUCUGGGCCGGCCACUUCAGAACCGGGACCAGAUGCGGGCCAACGUCAUCAAUGAGAUCAUGAGCACUGAACGUCACUACAUCAAGCACCUCAAAGACAUCUGUGAGGGCUACCUGAAACAGUGCCGGAAGAGGAGGGACAUGUUCAGCGAUGAGCAACUGAAGGUGAUCUUUGGGAAUAUUGAAGAUAUCUACAGGUUUCAGAUGGGCUUCGUGAGAGAUCUGGAGAAACAGUACAACAAUGAUGACCCCCACCUCAGUGAGAUAGGACCCUGUUUCCUGGAGCAUCAAGAUGGAUUCUGGAUAUACUCUGAGUACUGUAACAACCACCUGGACGCCUGCAUGGAGCUCUCCAAACUGAUGAAGGACAGCCGCUACCAGCACUUCUUUGAGGCCUGUCGACUCUUGCAGCAGAUGAUUGACAUUGCUAUCGAUGGCUUCCUUUUGACUCCAGUGCAGAAGAUCUGCAAGUAUCCCUUGCAGCUGGCUGAGCUUCUUAAGUACACUGCCCAGGACCACAGUGACUACAGGUAUGUGGCAGCUGCUCUGGCUGUCAUGAGAAAUGUGACUCAGCAGAUCAACGAGCGCAAACGGCGUUUGGAGAAUAUUGAUAAGAUUGCCCAAUGGCAGGCCUCUGUCUUAGACUGGGAGGGCGAGGACAUCCUAGACAGGAGCUCGGAGCUGAUCUACACCGGGGAGAUGGCCUGGAUCUACCAGCCCUAUGGCCGCAACCAGCAACGGGUCUUCUUCCUGUUUGACCACCAACUGGUCCUCUGCAAGAAGGACCUGAUCCGGAGAGACAUCCUGUACUACAAAGGCCGCAUUGACAUGGAUAAAUAUGAGGUGGUCGACAUCGAAGAUGGCAGAGAUGAUGACUUCAAUGUCAGCCUGAAGAAUGCCUUCAAACUUCACAACAAGGAGACUGAAGAGAUACAUUUGUUCUUUGCCAAGAAACUGGAGGAGAAAAUACGCUGGCUCAGGGCUUUCAGAGAAGAGAGGAAAAUGGUCCAGGAAGAUGAAAAAAUCGGCUUUGAAAUUUCUGAAAACCAGAAGAGGCAGGCUGCAAUGACUGUGAGAAAAGUCCCUAAACAAAAAGGUGUCAACUCUGCCCGUUCAGUACCUCCUUCCUACCCACCACCGCAGGAUCCGUUAAACCAGGGCCAGUACCUGGUCCCCGAUGGCAUCACUCAGUCACAGGUCUUUGAGUUCGCCGAACCCAAACGCAGCCAGUCACCAUUCUGGCAAAACUUCAGCAGGUUAACCCCCUUCAAAAAAUAACACCUAGAGGGAAGCAGAUAAUUUUAAAAUAAGGUAAAUAAAAUUAUAUUUAUAGAUGGACCUUUUUUCGGAGAAGCACUGUUGAAAUAUAUAUAUAUCCACAUAUGUAUAUAUGGAUAUACACACACAGACUCUUGAGUGUGUAUGUAUAUGUAUAUAUACACACACAUACACAUAUACCUGCACACACAUACGUAUACAUAUACAUAUAGAAGGACCAAAAACAUUUUCUCUUAUUUUGGGGAAAUAAAAUCUGUAGUUGGUAGGAAGAGGCACCAAUGACUUCCAAACAUGUGAUCCCUUUAUAAGUUUUUAGUUCUUACCCCGUACCCCUCCCCUUUUCUUUCAGAAAUUGGCAUUUCUAUUUGUUCCUUUUCUUGUUGAAAUAAUCUCUUUGUUCCCCUGUGAGUGACUCAUUGACUUGUCAUUAUUAUCAUAGAUGUGUUUGUAUUAGUUUUUUUCUUUCCUGAUGAUACUGAUGCUGAUGACUUUUGCAUUUAAUUCGAUGUAGUGGAAUUGGGGGGGGGUGGGAUUUCUUUUUUUCCUUCUUUCACUUUUCACCAGGAAAGGGGGUAUCCCCUUUCUCCUCUUCCUCUGCUGACCAUCUGCAAAUGUUCCUGCAACCCUGCAGUUGCCCUAAACAGCCUUCUCCCAGCAUCCUCUGUCCUCAAUUGUGCCAGUAUGGACAUGCUCUGUUGUGCCCUGUGAUAUAACUGCUUGGUAUUUCUAUUGCUUUCACUGCAUUUUUAGUGUUGUGGAGAGAUCAAAGCCAAACAAAAGUUAAGUGUCAGAUGGUAAUAAUGCUGGAAAGGACUUCUGUUCAGGGAACAUUCUGUAUUUGAGCUGUUUCUUUUCCUAGCACUGGUUGUUCCCAUAUUGCAGCACUACUGGGUCAUCACAGAUUUGUAUCUGAGUGUUAGUUUAGGCCAAUUAUUCUCUUCUUCAAGCCAUGGGGCUCCUUCUAGUCUUGUUCCUCCCCUAGCCCAGAAGCAUAUCUGAACUAGAAGCAAAGAGGCUAAGACUUUGCUUCCUAAGGGAGAGAUUUACCUGGACCCAAGCACCAAGUGAGUUUAAGGCUGGAUUGCCCAUGGUAAGCCGUUCAGGGGCCUGGUCAUUCCUGCUCCCAUUUGCAAUCUUUUAGGCAGCAUUGAAAGAAGUCUAGGGAGGAAUCAAGACAGAGCCCCGACCUGACUGAGAUCAUCAACUGCCUCCAAAUUAUUGACCUGGACAGGAUCCAAAGGUGACAGUUGCCUCUUAUAGGAAAGAACAGGGAUGGAUAUGGAAGGAGACAUCCUUGGCCCAAAGUACAUACCCACAGUUCCUACCACCCCAGUUGUGUGAUACUUCCCCCAUUGUUCGAGAUUGCAUGGACAAUCUUCCUUGCCUCCUUCCUUCUCUUAUCCCUGUCAUCCUCCUUUCUCCUGCUUUCCUGGCACAAGAGGAUUGCUGGUGUUGGCAUAGUUAAAGCACUUCUGUCACAUGAAGAAGGACAUGUUUCCAAUAUCCUCUCAUCCCAGGACAUUUGAAGCAAGUAAAUGAGAGGCCAAGGAGUAUUUUUCCUGCAGAAAAGGGAUCUGAGGCAGAAAUGAUCCCUCAGGCUUAUUUUUGGCAGACUUUCCACUUGGGCAAAACUAGCCUCUCCCACAAAGGGGCAGGCUCCUCAUGGGGGUAAGGGUACUUGUUUCUCCUCCCCACAUGGCCUUUUGGGUGGAUAGAUCUUGAGCAGCAAGGAUAAUGAGGGUAAUGGGAGUGAGGAUGGUCCCUGUUGUGAAGAGCCAUUCUAGUAAGGAAUCUGGAGAUGGUGGGUCUGAAUUGUACCCUGUGGGAGAAUAUUUCAUCAUGAAAGGACCCCAGCUUACCAAGCAGCAGCCAUGGCUGCUUGGGGGCACCUCUUAGCAUAGCUGGCUUUAUUACUGCUCUAUGCUUUCUGAACUUGACUAGGCCCUUCCAUGCCUGGGAAUCUUUCCUCUGUAGGAAUUAAAUUACAAGCUGUUUAACCUUCUGGUCAACAACAUCCAAGUCAGACUGUGGAAUAAGCCAAGGAUAAGCCUGAGCUGGGCAGAGGGCCAGGGCUUGGGCCUGGCCACCAAUGCUCGACACAAGACCCAGAUACUUAAGCCCUCUUGGCAAGGGAUCACACAUUCAGUACUCAGGCUAAAACGUCCUGCCUGGCAAGCAGAGUGCUUCUGAGUAAUUGUGUGGGCCUCUCUUGAUUACACGUCUUUCUCUUUUCUACUCCUCCCCAUUAGGCUUGGCUUUGACGUGUUUCUUUGGAAGCUAGUGGCAUACCAGGAGGGGAUGCUUAAACAAGUCCCUGGGCCCGCAAGGCCAAAUGUCUCUUGAUCACGCUUCCUUCCACCUCUGGGUCUGUGCCCAGGGCUCUAGGAUCAGGGAUAUCACCUCCCACUCAAACUCACCCCUCCUCCACUCAGCCCUCUGGCCUCACCAGAUGCCAGUAAUGCGUCAAAACAAGAAAUUGGUUUUCCAUUGGUUGGAGUCUUCUCCCAGCUUAUGGCAGAAAAGGACACCAGUGAGCAACAGCCCUGAGGAGAGCCUGUUUACCUGGGCUCAGGGUUCCAACCUAUCCUGUGUCCCCAUGGCAGGGCCAUCCCCAAGAACUCUGUAAUUCUACUUUUUCUCCGCAUGGCCCUGAGCUUACCUUUCCUCUACUCAAUGAGGCCUGGAUGUGCUCUUCAAAAGGCUUUGCUAGUAUGUUCUGUGGACCCUGCUGUGGGAUGGUCCUAACACAGAAACUCAACCCCUUUCUCUCUUCCCCUUCUUUCUAUGUGUAUAUUUCUAGUGAAUCUAUAAGGAUAGCAACAAGAGGGUUCUAACAAUUCUAGUGUGAAGCCAAAUAAUUGAUCUUUCAUUGCUUUGGGUCUGGGCUGGACUGGGCUUGGGUAGAUGGUUGGGCAACAGUGAUUUUUAUUACCCCUACUGCUCUGCAUUUGCUGGUUUAUUCUUUGAUUUCUUCUAUCUGAUUGUUUGACUCUGUCAAACAAGUGUUAAGUUGUGUGUUUAAAAAAUGUUUAACAACAACAAAACAAAAAACAAGAGAUGUUGUAAUGACACAAAGCCUUAUGAAAAUAUUUAUGGAGUUCAAUAAAAUAAAUAAAAAGAUACCUCCAGCUUA